AUGGGGAAAAAAAAUAAAAAACAAAAAAAUCAAGACAAUGAUCCAAUAGUUAAGCAAAUUAGGAAAAAAAAACCAUAAUAAAUCAAGAAGCAAGAAUAGGUUGAAGAAAUCACUGAUGAAGAAGAAAUUUCAGAAUAGCAGAAUGAGGAUGAUUAAGUUUUUGAACAUGUGGUUGAUUUUAAAAAUGCAAACGAAAAACCUUCCCAUUACUAAAAUCUACUCAAAAAACUUAAUGUAAAACAACAACUAGCAGAUGAUAAUUAUGGAAGUUCAGAAUCAGCUAGAUUGAAUAUCAAAUAAGAAAAUAAGUCAGUGUAUGCAAAAAUGAAAAAGUAUGAAGUAGUUAAACUACCGAAUGACAAUCCAUUUUCCCAUUUUGAAUAUGAUCAUCAAGAAUUAAGAAAAACUAUUUGUAUUGGGGAUAUAGAAAUUGAAUAGCCUGAAUAAUUAAAUGCUUUCUUUAAAGAGAAAACUACAAAAUUAGUACAUACUCUAAAUAAUGGAGUUGAAUUUAAAAAAUAUGAACUAAAUAAAUAAUUAAAAAACAAGACCUUAAUUGACUUGAAUUGCAAAAAUGAAGACUAUAAUAUUGAAACAUUAUCCCAAAAAUAAUUAAUUAAAGAUGAUAAAUUUGUAUUGCCUGUAGUCAAGGACUCAGAGGAUGAAAAAGAAUUAUUACAGUCUAAUAUAAUAUAUAAUUAUUUUGAUUAUAUUGAAACGGAUCCUGAAGAAUAGAAUGCUGAAAAAUUUAGAAAAACAUAUAUUACACAUAUUACAAAUCAUUUAGAUAAAGAAAAAGAAUCUUAUGGGUUUACUAGAUGCAAAGUGUUAAUCUUAACAGCAUUUAAAGGAGAUGCCAUCUCAAUAAUUAAUUAAUUAAUUUAAACUGAUAAAGAAGUUGUCAACAAAGAAAGAUAUGAGAAUGAAUUCUGUGAUGAGGAGAGACUCGAAGAGGAUGAUUUUAGAAUCGGUAUUCAAUUCUCAAGAUAAGGGUAUGUCAAAUUGCAUGCAAAUUUUGAUAAAUCAGAUAUUAUCGUCACUUCUACCUUAGGAAUGAGAUUAAUUAUAGGGACAGAGGACUAAAAGCAUAGAGAAACUCACUUUCUAUCUUCUAUAGAAAUAUUAGUCAUCGACAGAGCCUCUUCUAUUUAUAUGUAGAAUUGGAGUUAUUUAGAGGACAUCUUGGAGGCAACUAAUUUGCUACCUAAUCAUAAAAACAUAACUAGUGAAUUGAGUUCUAUAAGACCUUACUGUUUUGAGAAUUUGUCCAAGUUUUAUAGAUAAAACAUUGUUUAUACUGAUCAUUAUUUUUAGGAACUGAAUUUUCUUAGAAAACAAUACUUUACAAAUUAUAAGGGAUGUAUUAGCAAUAAGAUUUAUUAUAAUUAAUUGUUUUAGAAGUCUGUCAACUUUUAAUAAGAAUUUAGAUAAAUUGAUUGUUCCAAUACUGAAUAAUAAAUAGAAUAAAGAUUCAAUCAAUUUAAGAAACUAUGGAAUGACAUAGAAAAUAAUAAAGGCUCAUAAUUUAAGAAAACUUUGAUAUUUGUUUAAUCUUAUUUUGAUUUUGUUGCUUUAAAGGGACAUUUCAAAAGAAUCAAUAGUAAUUGCGAAUGUGUAAGUGAAUAUACAAAAAAGAGUAAGGUUCAAAGCAUCAUUAGCAAAUUUAAGGAUGGUAGAAUUCAAUAUAUCAUGAUGACUGAAAGAGCAUACUUUUUUGAGAUAAUUUAAUUGAGAUCAAUGAAAAAUAUUAUCUUUUAUCAAUUACCUCAACAUUCAAUUAUUUACAAAUAAUUGAUUUAAAGCAUUGAAAAUCUGGGUAAUAAGACUUAGAUUAUUACCUACUAUAGCAAAUUCGAUGCAUAUUAGCUUGAAACGAUAGUUGGAACAUUAAGGGCAGAAGAAAUGAUUUCAGAAUAAAACAAGAGAACUACUUUUAUUUUAUGAUAAUCC